GCUAAGCAAGUGACAGGCAGAAUACAGAAAACUUUGUUAGCUACUUGCUAACUUUGCUCCAUCGUCUUUUUGGAAAUGUUACCAGCCUGACACAGGGCCUCACAAAUCCUCGAAAAGAUGGAUUGCCAAGGAGAGGACGAUGGAGAGUUUUGCAGACUGAAAAAUUUAGUGAACAGCAAAACUGAAAUUGGAAUAAGAGUGCAACGGUUUUUGGAAGAAAGGAUGCAGACCACCAUGCUUACAGGUGUGCUGAUUGGAGCAGCAGUCGCUGUCUCACUCAUCGGGAUUGUGGUGCUCUUCCUUUACAGGAGAUUCAAGCUUGCGCGUGCAAAACAGCCAGGUGUACCACAGUAUCGCUUCAGGAAACGCGAUAAAGUACUCUUCUAUGGACGGAAGAUAAUGCGAAAGGUCCAGACACUUUCUGCGGUUCCUCCUCCCAUCUCUACCUCAGUAUCAAAGCAACCGCAGCGCAUACGCAAAAGAACCAAAGUUUUAAGCAUUGCUCGCAAAAUCCUGAGGAUCCGUAAAGAUCCUCCCACCCUGCAGCCCAAGGAACCCCCUCCCUCCCUGCUUGAGGCUGACCUGACAGAGUUUGAUGUGCAGAGCUCAAACCUUCCCUCUGAAGUCCUGUAUAUGCUGAAGAAUGUCAGGGUCUUGGGUCACUUUGAGAAGCCACUGUUCCUCGAGCUGUGUCGCCACAUGGUGUUUAUUGAGCUGCAGGAGGGCGAGGGUCUGUUCCGGCCCGGAGACGAUGACGAUAGCAUCUACGUGGUACAGGAUGGACGACUGGAACUCUGCAUCCAGGAGACCGAUGGUACAGAGCCAGUGGUGAAGGAUGUGGUCCCAGGAGACAGCGUUCACAGCCUGCUCAGUAUUCUGGACAUCAUCACUGGUUAUCCGGCUCCAUAUAAGACCGUAUGUGCCCGUGCUGCAACCCGCUCCACCAUCCUGCGUCUGCCUGCGUCAGCCUUUGAGUCUGUGUUUAAGAAAUACCCAGAGACACUCGUUCGUGUCAUUCAGAUAAUCAUGGUGCGCCUCCAAAGAGUCACCUUCUUGGCGUUACAUAACUAUCUGGGCCUAACCACCGAGCUCUUCAAUCCGGAGAGUCAGACGGUACCCUUGUCAAAUAUAAGCAGUGUGAUAGGAGAUGUAACUUCUGGGAAAACGACUCGUCGAUUGCACUUUCAGGACGAGUUACCAGCAGGUCCCGCGGAGAGCCCCACUGAGACAGAUGGUGUCAAGGACAGUCCUUCAAACAGCAACAGGAAGCAGCGAUCCUCCUCGAUGCCCACCGACAGCGCAGUUGCAGGAAAUGACUUGAACAUGGCCUAUGAGCGAGCACGAGUCACUAAGGAUGAGGCUCCACCCAGCCCCGUCACUCCCAAAUCCAAUUUGAAGAAGAGUGUGACGAUGCAGCCCACGCCCUCCGAAGUGUUUCACUACACGGGCAGUGGGGGGCACUAUGAUGCUGUAAACCUCAGUAAGAGCUGCACAAUCUUCCAGGCGGCCAAAAAAGACCUGCUGGGAAUCAUCCAGCUGCAGGACCCCAGUCUACUGGAUGGCAGGGUGACCCUUCAUCAUGUCAAAGCUGGUUCUGUGGUGGCUCGUCAGGGCGACCAGGAGGUGAGCAUCCAGUUUGUGAUUUCUGGCCUCCUCCAUGUUUACCAGCGGAUGAUCGACCGCGAAGAAGAGACACGCCUGUUUGUCACGCACCCCGGAGAGCUCGUGGGUCAACUUGCCGUCCUGACCGGAGAGCCCCUCAUCUUCACUGUUCGAGCCCAGAGAGACUGCAGCUUCCUCUCCAUUUCCAAAACCCACUUCUAUGAGAUAAUGCGUGUGGAGCCAAAGGUGGUGCUGAACGUUGCUCACACUGUGGUGAGGAGGAUGUCGUCUUUUGUCAGACAGAUAGACUUCGCCCUCGACUGGAUGGCUGUGGAGGCUGGCAGAGCGGUCUACAGGCAGGGAGAGAAGUCAGACAGUACUUUCAUAGUGCUGAGUGGCCGACUGCGCUCUGUGAUCUUGAAGGAAGAUGGCAAGAAGGAGCUGAUAGGAGAGUACGGACGUGGAGACCUGAUCGGAGUGGUGGAGGCCCUGACCCAUCAGAACCGAGCCACCACCGUGCACGCUGUACGAGACUCCGAGCUGGCCAAGUUACCCGAGGGAGCUCUCAGCUCCAUCAAGAGGAAGUACCCGCAGGUGGUCACCAGGCUGAUCCACUUACUCGGACAGAAGAUCCUCCAGCAGGUCAACGGUCCCUUGACAGCUCGCAGUUUAGCCCUUCACACUCCUGGCAGCAAGUGGGAUGCAGGGAACCAAGCCUCCAACCUCUCCACGGUGACAGUCCUGCCCGUAUCUGAGGAAGUGCCUCUUACCGCCUUCACCCUGGAGCUGCAGCACGCUCUCAUGGCAAUAGGUCCCACUCUUCUGCUGACCAGUGAUGUUAUUAAACAGCGACUGGGAGCAGCAGCAUUAGACAGUGUCCACGAGUACCGUCUUUCCAGCUGGCUGGGCCAACAGGAAGACAUCCAUCGCAUAGUUCUUUACCAGACGGACUACACACUGACCCCCUGGACACAGCGGUGCAUCCGUCAGGCCGACUGCAUCAUCAUCGUGGGACUAGGAGAGCAGGAUCCUGCCGUCGGAGAGCUGGAGCGUAUGUUGGAAGGAAGUGCGGUGCGUGCCCAGAAGCAGCUGGUGCUGUUGCACCGAGAAGACGGCCCCCCACCCAAAGGAACUGUGGACUGGCUCAACAUGCGAAGCUGGAUCUCCAGACACCUCCACCUCUUCUGUCCCCGGAGGGUCUUCUCUAAGAGGAGCUUGCCCAAACUGUUGGAGCUGUAUCUACGUGUGUUCGAGAAGCCGGCAGACCGUCACUCAGACUUCUCCCGCCUGGCUCGAGUCCUCACAGGAAACUCUAUUGCUCUGAUACUGGGAGGAGGAGGGGCCAGAGGAUGUUCCCAGGUGGGGAUAAUGCGAGCUCUCUGCGAAGCCGGCAUCCCAGUGGACCUCAUCGGUGGCACCUCUAUAGGCUCCCUGAUGGGAGCAAUCUACGCUGAGGACCGCAGCCACAGCCGCAUGAGGAUGAGGGCCAGAGAAUGGGCGAUGGAAAUGACAUCGGUAUUCAAGAAGGUUCUGGACCUGACGUACCCAGUGACCUCCAUGUUCUCCGGCGCUGCCUUCAACUCCAGCAUCAGCAAUGUCUUCAAGGGCAAACAGAUCGAGGACCUUCGGAUCCCCUACUUCAAUAUUACAACGGACAUCACUGCCUCUGCCAUGCGAGUACACACUGAUGGUUCUCUGUGGCGGUAUGUUCGUGCCAGCAUGUCUCUCUCUGGGUAUCUACCUCCGCUCUGCGACCCCAAAGACGGACACCUGCUGAUGGACGGAGGCUACAUCAACAACCUGCCAGCUGAUGUGGCGCGUUCCAUGGGGGCUAAAGUGGUGAUAGCUAUCGACGUGGGCAGCCGGGAUGAAACCAACCUCACUAAUUACGGAGACUCACUCUCAGGCUGGUGGCUGCUAUGGAAACGCCUCAACCCCCUAGCUGAGAAAGUGAAGGUGUUAAACAUGGCAGAGAUCCAGACUCGGCUGGCCUACGUGUGCUGCGUUAGACAGCUGGAGUCUGUGAAGAGCAGCGACUACUGCGAGUACAUCAGACCCCCCAUCGACAGAUACCGCACACUGGAGUUUGGCAAGUUUGACGAGAUUGCUGAGGUGGGAUACCAGCACGGGAAGACUGUGUUUGACGUGUGGACGCGGAGUGGAGUGGUGGAGAAAAUGUUGAAAGACAGACACCAGGAGGAGUUCCGUAACACCCAAAGCAAGAACAAUGUGGUGACGUGUCCCAAUGCUUCCUUCACUGACCUGGCAGAAAUCGUGUCCCGCAUCGAGCCCGUCAAACCUGCUCUUGUGGCUGAGGAGUCAGACUACCACACUGACUACGACGAGGAGGCCCUGGAGAGCGCUCUGUCUGACAUGGAGCUGUAUAACCGCUAUGGAGAGCACACUGAGGGGGAGGAGACCGCUGACACGGAUGAAGAGCUGGAUGGGAGAAGUGCACGCCGCAUUACCUCACUCACCAGCAGCCAGGCCCAGCCUCCCACCGUCCCUGACAGUCCGUCAAACCAGGAAGUCCUUUCCAAACAGUCCAUUAAGUGAACACUGCUGCAAUGACCUCAUCCAAAAUGUAACCUGUCUGUCUUUCAACCCCACACAAAAACCUGUCUCAUGCCCCUGAGUCUGUCGGCAUGACUGCGAGUACCACUGUGCCCUCUGAAACCGAGCGUCGUCAGCUGUGUGGCUGACAUGACGAAUGGACAGCCCCUAUUUUAAAAACGAUUACAAGCAGCGAGUAUCGCAAUCACUCAGCUGCAAAUCCUAUGCAUUCCUAUUCCACAAGAGCAGCCGCAUGCUAAUCAUUUCUCAUAUUGAGAGUCAAGAGUAGCAUGAAUAACAGUGAGGAGAUUUCCAUGAAAGACUAUUACUGAUGGUUGAUUAUGCUAGGAAGACAGAUUAAUGGUGUCACUUAACCUAUAUCCCAAAAUAACUUCUCUGUUAUCUAGACAUACAGAUAGUCUUGUUAUGAUUUCUACAAGUUUUGACCGAUCCAUUUGAGACUCAUGCAACUCAGCUUAAGAAGUGAACACAGGCAAAAGAAACUUUCCCGACGAGAACAAAUAUUAUAUAAUUAUAAUGAUGGUAAUUUUUUACUGGCCCCAACUCAAAUUCUCUCCAUAGCAAUGUGAUGAGAGGUUGACAAGACUUUAUUUUAAGCUGUGAUUAACACAUAUUUUUAAAUCAAAGCUCUGAUUAAUAAGCAAGACCCAAUCAACAGUUGUCAUCGGGUUUAAUUCCCUUAAUAGAACACAUAAGUGCACUCCGCUGACAGUGAUAUCUGUGACUUAUAAUGAAUUUUUAUCAUGGCGCACACACCACUUACAUUCAACACUUUAUGUGUUUGCUGUGGCAGAAAUCUCAGAAACUUGACCAAAUAAUGCCAGGACUAUCUACGUGGCUAGAUACCGAUAAAGGGAAGAUAGACAAACAAGUUCAGGGCCCACUUUGUGACGUAAACAGUACCCGUACAAUCUAAUGUAGUCCAAUUCAACAGGUUGUAGUUGUAUUUGUUGGCCACAUUAACCUACAUAAAGGUUGGCAGAAUAUUAUAAACACCACUAAGUAUACUGCAGGUGUAGUCCCUGCUAAACUAUGGUGUCAUGUAGUUAAACUAAUUCUGGGUGGCAUAAAAAGCAGGCUUUAUGGCAGAACAGUUAUUGGAUUUGACAUUCCUACCUGAUCAAAUGGCAUCCAGGUAUUUAAUUGUUCUAAGCUCACAGCAUUCUUUAGUGUUUCUACAUUCAGUCUUUGUGAUGAUCCACAUCGACAAAAGUCAUUUUAGAAAACAGAAAGAGAUCAGAAUAAGCCGCACACUGUGGCCAUGGCUGUCAGCACAGUUUUGUCACACGCAGCGUGACAGGGACAUGGAGGGAAGUAAUGAUUACAUUCCACUUCAAAGCACUGCUUCCCCCACCCCACCCAUAUGUGUUGUGGCUUGCAUCUAUCGUACACAGACUGAGCAGCAGUGUGGAUGUCUUGGGUGAAGCUCCACUCGCCUCAGUACAGUUUAUACAGCGGCUAUUUGCAGCAGCAGAACAGCUAACAGGAACACGCUGUUAUUUGGCUUGUCCAGACAUGUUUGAACCUUUUCCAGUGAUUUGGAUGUAUUUUUCUAGUGAAAAUGUAAUUAAGAUGAUUUUCUUUGCACACAUAAUAUUCUAAUAAUAACAAAAUAUGUUAAAUGAAGCCAAUAAUGUAGACAAACUUAAGCUUUGAUGCUUUUACACACGUUACAACAACUGGACAAUCACUCCAGAAAUGCAAUGCACAAAUACACACAUACACAUUGUGUAAACAAGCCUCUCUGUAUGACACUUUACCAUUUUUUUAUUAGAGCUAACUUUACAUCAGAUACAUCUAACAACCGUUAACAAUUAUUGAUUGAUUUGAGUGAUCUUCAUUUUUUCAGUUAACAGAUUAAUAUGUGUGUCUAUACGAAAGAUGGAUAUGAACAGUCAUAGAACUAACCCUAACCCUUUUAAAUGUUAUCUGUCACAUCAACCGUCCGAAACCCAGAGGAAUUCAGUGUAGUAUUACGUUUGUUAAAGGUUCCUGUAGCUGAGAAACUGGAACUUCUAAAUGCUUGACAUGUUUCUGUGUUAUUUAUGAUCCAUUAAUCGAUUUUCAAAGUAAGUCGUUUUCCAGUAAUGAUGAAUCACCUUAUUACCUGAGCCAUAAUGAAAGUGCUUAACUAACAUUUGUGUUUCUAAAAGAAUUAUGAGUCUAUACUUCCUUUAUCCUUUUUUAUUGGGAAAAACAUGACAUUACUCUGCCCAAGCGUUGUUACUGUGAUUGUAACACGUUUUACACUCGUACAUGUCACGUACUGUUUCUGCAAGAUUUAAUGACAUUAGAAUAUCAAUGCAACAGAUUUUUGUUUUCUUCUCACUUAAUAUAGCACCCUGUGAGCUUCUGAAGCUGUAGGCUAACACUGGUGCUACAGUGCCUGCCGCCGAACAGUAGGAGAAACCGUGUGAUAAACACUUUGGGGAUCACAUAUGGUGUUGGAUAAAUGGAGUUUGCACACAGAAGAGAAAAGCAGAGAUGGAAAAUGUUGUUUACCAAGGAGGUAAUGGUUCUUUUGCACUGGUGUGUUUUUUUAAAAAACUUUUGGGUGGUUUCCAAAAACCAAGCACAAGGAAUUUAUGUUUUCUGGCAGAAUGAAUGUUUGGCUACUUUAUUUAAUGGGACAAGAUAAUGAAUUAAGUGCUUGUGUAAUGCUAGGAACUGUGCCAUAAAGUUAACGUUACAAAGCCUUAGAUGACCCGUACAGAAAAACAACCACUCGUGCCCUAAUUUAGGAUUAGAUGUUGAAUGUUUACAAGAAAGCCUGUAAUGUAUGGCAUUGGUUACUCGUCUGUAUUUAUGUUAUUUGAUAAACAUUCUUUUUGAUAAUCAAUUCUUACUAAUAAAUCACUGUUUUGCUGUCGUA